UCCCUGCUUUCAACUUCUAACAUGCUAGAUGAUAUUCUCAUAAAGAAGCUUCUCCUCACACACGAUCCAGAUGGUCGUUGGUUGGAUUCUGAGACUAUGCUGCAGGCUGUUGGAAGUGUUAUGUUUCAUGCUUCAACAAUAGUGGCUUCUAAUUUAUCCUCUGCCUUCUUUCCAAUUCUGAAGAACGACAUAACCGAAAUUGAACAGCUUGAUUGUCCUGAACCAUUAGGAUGCAUCAUCAGCAAAAUUUCAUACAAGAUUUUCUGCAACUGUAAAUGCUCCGCGGACGGCGAUCUCAAUUCAAGGAUAUUGAGUUUGUUUGAUUUGAUUAAGGAUUAUAGAUGGGAUGCGAAAGUAGUUCUAGUCCUAGCUGCUUUCGCUGCAAGAUAUGGCGAAUUCUGGCAACUCAUACAGCUUCGGCCACAGAACACUUUGGCCGAUUCAAUAGCGAGGAUUAAGCAACUACCCUUCAAUUUAAGGCCACUGCGGCCACAAAUCAAGGCAUUGAGCUUGUUGGUUAAGACAAUGAUGGAUGUGGCAAUGUGCAUUAUUGAGUUUGAAUCUUUUCUACCACAUCAGCAUUUAGAGCUUGGAAAUGAGAAAGUAACUGCCACAAAGUCUCUGGUGUAUGUUGCUGUUUACUGGAUCAUUAGAAGCAGCUUUGCAUGCUUUUGUCAACUCAUGGAUCUCAGAACCAAGAACAAACAUGACCAAGUGUAUUCAGAUUCAACAAUAAUUGCUGCUUGGGAGCUCUCAAGUUUGGCAUAUAGGUUAGGAAGUAUAUGCAACAUUCUCAGAGCACAGGUGGAUUUGUGUCACCAAGAAAUAGAGAGAAACGUACAAGACAAGCUAUUGAAUCUUGCUGAUGAGGUUCACAUUGAUAAUCAGAAGGUUCUCAAUUUAUUGUUUCCUUCAAAGAAUUACUUGCCAUUGAAGGAUUGCUCAAAAAAAGUGAAGCUUGGUGUGACUAAACUGAAAGAUAAGAUAGUUCUUCUUUUAAUCUCAAAGUCGAAGCUACUUGCGCUCGAAGAAUUACUCUUACUAGUUCAGCAAACAUGUGAUCAUCCUUUGAAUGAGAGAUUCAAGGACAGUUAUGAGAUUGUGUGGAUUCCAUUUCCAUCUUCUGGUACAUCAUGGACUGAUGCUGAACAGAGUAGUUUCGAAUUCUUAUCGAAUUCUCUGCCUUGGUAUGCUGUUUGGAAGCCAAGGCUACUAAGCUCAGCUGUCGUGAAGUACAUCAAAGACAAAUGGAACUACAGAGAUGAUCCUGUAAUCGUCACACUCGAUUCGAAUGGAACGGUUGCAAAUUGCAAUGCUCUUGAUAUGAUCAUGAUUUGGGGCGUUCGAGCUUAUCCGUUUUCAGCUUCAAAAGAGGCAGAGCUCUGGGAAGACCAGAAUCUCACAAUGCAACUUUUGCUAGGUGAUAUCAACCCUCUUCUUGCAUAUUGGGUUGAAAAAGGCAAAAACAUUUGCAUUUAUGGGAGUGAAAACCUGCCAUGGAUCCAACAAUUCAGUGACUGCAUAACCAAGCUCAAACAACAAGGUCUGCAGCUAGAAACAAUAUAUGUUGGUUAUAGUAACCUCACUGAACAAAUAAAAAAUAUAAUGUCAAGUUCUACUGAGAUUAAUGAGAGUAGCCAACUUUCCUUUACAAAAAUGCAACUCUUCUGGAUUCGGUUGGCGAGUAUGAGAAGAUCGAAAAUCAGACUAGGAAAGACACCAAGUUCUGAUCAAGUUUUGGCAGAGUUAUCAGCAAUGCUUGACAUGAAUGAUAAAAAGGAAGGUUGGGCAGUGAUUGGAAGUUGUUGUAAAGAAGAUAAUAUUAUAAGGCUUCAAGGAAUGGUUUUGAUGGAUGUUUUAGGGAGAUUUGACGAGUGGGGUGAAGAUCUAGAAAGGUUUGGUUUGGUUGGUACUGCAAGAAAGUUCUUAGACCCUAACUUUGUUGUUGAAGGUCCUUGCAAUCACUCUUACAUGGUUUCAUCAAGUGAAGGUUCAACUCAAGGGAGUGUUGUAACUUGUCCAGUGUGCAACUGUCCUAUGAAGAAGUUUGUGGUGUAUCAACCAUGAUUGAUUAUCAUAAAAGACAAUUAAGAGUUGAAUUCCUUGGCUUUGUUAUUCUUAUAACCGUAAACUGUCUCUAGUUUCGGCCUAUGCUUGUUUUUGGUUGUUUUGUUUGUGGGGCCAAC